AUGGCUACGGAUGAAUCAACGGUGUACUACAAGAAGCAAGCCAAAUAUCAUGACAAACGAAACAUCCUCAACAAGUCGUAUUUAAUUGAGCCAAUAAUACGGCAUCGAAUCCAGGAUUCUAUAUUUUAUAAACAACACCUUUAUUUGACCAAUGAAUCAACCAUACUUCCAAUCAUUACUCAACACGUGCACCACGUCUCUGGUGUUGAUUCAGUAGGUAGACCUAGUCCUUUCCUUCAAUGCCUUUUACGAAUGCUUGAGUUGGAACCUUCAAAGGAAGUUAUCAAUGUGUUCCUUGACCAAUUAUCGUACAACGAAUUCAAAUACUUGACAGCAUUGACAUUGAUAUACAUAAGAUUGGUGUACCCGAGUGAAGAUGUUUACAAUAUAUUUGACAAGUUUGCUCAAGAUUAUCGAAAAUUGCGAAUCAAGUUGAAAACCCCUGAAUUCAAUGCCUUGAAACAGCCAAUACACUACAAAAUUGGAUACAUCGACGUGUUUAUAGACGAUUUGCUAACGCAGGAAAGAGUAGUAGAUCUCAUAUUGCCACGCCUCAUUUCGCGGUUUAGUUUGAUGGAGCGUGGAUUAGUUGCUCCUAGACAAUAUUUUAUAGACGAUGAGCUGCAAAAAGAUGUAACAACAACAAUGUCGCUAAUUGAGAACAACGAUAUUGACAAGAGUGAUGGUGAAAGUUCUUAUCAAAGUGAUAGUGACUAG